AUGACUUUGAUUAUUUUAUUACCUAUAUUUUCUUUAUUGCUUCCUACAGUUCACACAACUUAUGGUAUUUGUUUAUAUGUAUUUUCGACACUUUUCUGCAAUAUCUGAAUUUCAGAAUGUCCGAGUAGUUUGACAAUUAACUCAUCUGGAUAUGUGUUUCCGAACGAUUGGAAAUGGUCAACAGAUCCAGCUCCGAGUUAUGAUACUGUUCUAGAUUGUUCAUGGACUUUUAACAUUCCAAAAGGCAGUUUUGCACAAUUGUUAGUUACAGCUGCAACUCCUGCACAAGGUUCAAUUACAGUGAAAAAUUGUGUAGGAGAUCGAGAAAUUGUUCCGAGUACCGCAAGCAAAGAACCAUAUUAUUUUCUAACUCCUCAAUUCACAGUUCAUCUUCUUGUUUCUAACAAUGUUAGUGGAACUUUUGGAUUCACUGUCAAAAUGUCAGAAUGUAUGUUUUCCUCAUUUUGAGUUCUUGAAAGUCUGGUUUUUCAGUUCCAUCAACUCAGCCUAGUCUCUUCAAAGUAACAAACAGUCCGUUAAUUUUGACUAACGUGAACACAGUUCUACUAACUUCGGAAAAUCGAGUUUCGUUGAUUGCUUCUUCUGCGAGUGAUCCUACUAAUAAUUCGAAUUUACGAAUGUUUGCAAUUUUUGAUGGAUCCGAUACAACUGCACCAUUUAUGGCAAAUAUGCGACAAAUUGUUAGUUCUCGAAAUCAAUUAAUAUCGAGUGGUCAAAAUUUGACAAUCGUCAAUUUAGUUCCUGGAACUACUAUUGGUAAUUUAAUCGUUGUUCAAGAUUUUUCAAAUGUUCAACAUUUCAAUCAAUAUAAACUUGCUGAUUGUUCAAAUAAAGAAAUGUGUUCAAUUGGGCUUGAUGCUCGUGAUGGAAUGGCUGCUGUUGUUUCAGUUUCAUUAGAAGAUCGAUAUAUUAGUAAUAUUGAAUUGACAUCAGUUGUUGCAACUCUUGGAGUUUACUAUGGAGCAAAUUACACGUGAGAGAUUACAAGAUUUGAUUUAUCUAUUGAUCAAUAUUUUCAGUGGCGCUUUGGAAGAUGUUCCACAAAAAUUCAACAAUCACAUGACUACAAUUGCAUUAAAUCAAGGAAGUGCACUUCUAGAAUAUACGACUCAAAAAGUUGCCAAUUGGAACAAAUCUUAUCUUAAUAGAAAAGGAUUUUUCGCUUCGCAAAAUUUUGGAAUUCCAUCUUCAAACCAAGAUGUCAGUGAGAUGUUGAACGGAAAAGAAGAAUUUUCAUACGGAAUUCAGAUUUAUGAUAAUGGACUCAUCGGAAAUGCAACACUUCAAAUAUAUACUUAUGAUACUGCUGGAAGAACUAUAUCGAGUCAACUUUAUAAUGCCAAUAUUCUUCCAUCUGUUAAUAAAAUGACUUUUCAAUGUGCCUCAAUUUCAUUCGAUUAUAUGACUAAUGGAGAAAUAACUACUGGUUUCAAUAUGAAUUUUGAAAUUCAGAAAAACAACUUUUUCGAUAGUUCAGCUAACUCUCAAGUUACAUUUUUUACAGUUCUAUCGAGUAUUGUUUUGAUGUUCAUUUUUUGA